GCAAGAAGAGGAGCCAGGGCAGUCUUUUCUCUCAGAUUAGUGAGCUAAUUAAAAUAAGAUUUAGUGCCUCUCUCUCCUCUACCAGUUUCUUUAAUUGCCAAUCAUUUUCUAAAGAACUUGAUAAUUCACAUUUUGUUUUCAAUUAUUUAUUAUCAAUCCAACCUCAAAUUCUUUUCAAUUCCACCCUUUUCCUUGUUCUCCGUUUGUAUAUGGGGUUUCAUUCCAGUUCCGGUCUCUUCUCCGAUAUUAGAAGUUACAACAAAAUAAUCAUCUGGGCAAAUCUUAUUCUUGUUCUUAUAAGCAUAAUUUAGCUAGAUUCAGAUGCCAAUCUCAACAAUGGUGACUGUGUGAAUUCUGUGAUUGUAAAAGCAUAUCCAUCAGGCAUGAUUCGAGCCAAUAAUAACCUCAACACUUUCAAUUUAGAAGAGUUGGGAGUUGAACCAUGUUUAGGGCUAGAGUUUGAUUCAUCUGAUGAUGCUCGUGAAUUUUAUAAUGCUUAUGCGAUUCGGAUAGGAUUCAGAAUUAGGAUUGGCCAGCUCUAUCGAUCUCGUACCGAUGGUACAGUUUCAUCUAGAAGAUAUGUAUGCUCAAAGGAGGGUUUUCAGCUUAAUUCUAGGUCGGGUUGUCCGGCUUUCAUAAGGGUGCAAUUACGGGAUUCUGGAAAAUGGGUGAUUGAUCAAAUGCAAAAGGAUCAUAAUCAUGAACUUGGACUUGUGGAUGAUAGUCAUCCUCCUGCUAUGCAGCAGAGAGCUCCUAGAGCUAAGAAACCAUCACCUGAAGUGUCUCAAAAGCCGAAAUUUAAAUUGCUUGAGAAUUUUGAUUAUGGCUCCCCAUGUGCAUCUGGUGUCCUUAAUGUUAAAAGGAUUAGAAGAGAGGGGGAUGAAGAACAAAUUAAAUCUGAGCCUCAUGCUGGUCUAUUGUUCAACUCAGCAGAUAAAGCAUAUAGCUUCUAUCAAAUGUAUGCAGAGACUGUUGGAUUUAGAAUUCGAAUUGGUCAAUUAUUUCGUUCAAAGAAUGAUGGGUCCAUUACAUCCAGACGAUUUGUGUGCUCCAAGGAAGGGUUUCAGCAUCCUGCAAGAUUAGGCUGUGGGGCAUUUAUGAGGAUUAAGAGACAAGAAUCUGGAACUUGGAUUGUGGACCGUCUUCAAAAAGAGCAUAAUCAUGGUCUCGCGCUUCAGACAGGAACUCAUAAGAAAAACUAUAAUGCUCCAAAGAAAUUCAUAGAUGAUGUAAAUCUUGGUUUGGAUCCUAUAGAUAUAGCUGAAAUAAAUAACGGGGACCCUAUUGAGAGAACUCAAGAAAACAAUAUUGGGAGCGAUUGGUAUCGUUUACUUCUUGAUUAUUUUCAGGCUAAGCAAGCAGAUGAUACUGGAUUCUUUUAUUCAGUAGAAGUUGAUGGUGGUAGAUGCAUGAAUAUUUUCUGGGCUGAUGGUAGGUCUAGAUUCUCUUGCAGUCAAUUUGGUGAUGCUAUUGUGCUUGAUACUUCAUAUAGGAACGGUAAUUAUCUAGUGCCAUUUGCAACAUUUGUUGGUGUUAAUCACCACAAGCAGCCAGUACUUCUUGCUUGUGCUCUAAUUGCCAAUUUGUCAGAGCAGUCAUUCACUUGGUUGUUUCAUACUUGGCUAAGGGCAAUGUCUGGAUGUCGACCAAAGUCUAUUAUAGCCGAUCAAGACAUAGCAUUACAACAAGCUAUUGCAAAAGUAUUUCCUGGAACACUUCAUCGUUUUUCAUUAUGGCAAAUUAAGGUUAAGGAGCGAGAGAAUUUCAGAUCAAUGUCAAACGAGUUCAGAUUUGAAUAUGAGAAGUGUAUAUACGAGAGUCAAACAUCUGUUGAACUUAAUACUAUGUGGAGCGCACUGAUAAGCAAAUAUGGGCUAAAAGAGAAUACUUGGCUUAAAGAAAUGUAUGAAAAUCGUGAAAGCUGGGUUCCAUUUUACUUGAGAACAAAAUUUUGUGCGGGCAUUCCGAUCAAAGAAUGUUUGAAAUCUUUCUUUGGUACAAGCUUGACACCAAAAACAUCACUUGGAGAAUUCAUUUCUAGAUAUGACCAAGGUCUUGCUCGAUGGCGGGAGGAGGAAAGAAAAGAGGAUUUCAAUUGUUACAACAUGCAGCCCUUUUUGCAAACAAAAGAACCUAUUGAAGAACAAUGUAGAAAGCUUUAUACACUUACCAUGUUCAAAAUAUUUCAAAAUGAGCUACUAGAGUGCUAUAAGUAUCUCGGAAUAAAGACUUAUGAAGAAGGAACAGUUAGCAGAUAUUCAGUAAGGAGGUGCGGUAAUGAGCUUGAGAGACACGCAGUUACUUUAUGCGCAUCCAAUCUGAAUGUAUGCUGUAGCUGUCAAAUGUUUGAAUUUGAAGGUAUUCUGUGUAGACAUAUUUUGAGAGUCUUCAACUUGUUGGACAUAAAAGAAAUUCCAUCGCGCUACAUUUUACAUCGGUGGACUAGAAAUGCCGAGUAUGGUACUGUGGACAAUGUUGAAUCUGGUGUUAGUCCUCAAGAACUGCAACCAAUCAUCACGUGGAGUAUGAGAGAAUCAGCCUGUAAAUACAUAGAAGCUGGUACAUCAUCUCUUGAAAAAUACAAGCUUGCCUAUGAGACUAUGCGAGAAGGUGGCAGAAAACUUCGCUGGCAAAGGUAAGUCAACAAAAUUUCACUCCAGUACUAAUUUUUGUAGUUUAAGCUUGCUUAUGGGUAGUUUAUGUAAAUUAUAAAUUUUUUGCUCACUGUUUAGUAAGAUGAUUUGCAAUGGAUAAUGCUAUAUUACUUUGCAUUUGAA